AACAAACCAGUCCUGGAAUUGUUGAUUUGUUUGCCACUACUUGACUUUAUUUUGAGCAAGAAUCUUAGUGCUUCUUGUGUUUGGUUGUUUUGUUAAUAAAUAAAUAAAUAAAUUAACUUUUUGGGCUUUUCAACAACAACAAAAAAUUGAAUGGCAUCGAAGAGGGCAUCUCAUGUGGGUAGUACUAGUAGUUAUGACAAGGAUCUUCAUGUUCCUUCUACUAGUACUAAGAGAAUAAAACAUGGGAAUACAGAAGAACAACAAAAAGAGAUCCAACACCUUUUAUUUCCCACUACUAGCGCCGCCCGUAACACCUUUGCGUUUUACUUUGAACCUUUACUUCGAAAAGUGAUGCAAGAGGAGAUUCAACAUAAACUCCACCACUACCUAAUCCCAAGCUGUGGAUUGACCCUUAACGAGUUGGCCAACACAUAUGAGAGGAGGAGACGUUUGCAAUUGUGUUUCAUGAACAAAAUGCCUGAAACAAUUUUCACAAUGUCCGAAAUCAAAGCUGAGGGAGAUGAACCGCUUCAAAUUGAACUGCGUGAUGCUGGAAAUCAGCAACGCAUAGUCAGGGAAGAAGGUUCCUCGAUGAAGAUCCAAUUAUGUGUCCUAUAUGGUGACUUUGAAAAAGAGGAUUGGACAGCUGAGGAGUUUAAUACUCAAAUUGUACCUCCAAGAGUUGGAAAAGGACAACUACUGAAAGGAAAUAAAAUCAUUACACUAAGAAAUGGAGUUGCUGAUAUCAACAUAGAGAUUGAGUUUACAGAUAUAUCAAAGAGAAGAACCGGUCAAUUUCGGCUAGGGGUUAAAAUAGUUCAAUCUAAUUCAAUUGGAGCGUGCAUUCGGGAAGGUAGAAGCGAACCUUUUAAGGUCCUGGAUGUUCGAGGAAAGGCUUACGAGAAGCGCGAUCGUCCAUCAUUGAAUGAUAAGGUAUGGCGUCUGAGAGGAAUACGUAGAGAUGGAACACUUGACAAGCAGUUGGCCUUGGAUGGAAUACACACUAUUAAGGAUUUUUUGCAGCUGUUGAUAACUAAUGAAGAUUCAUUAAGAAAUAAAAUAGACAAGACUGGUGGGAAGUUAUGGAAGAAAAUUAUUGCACAUGCUAAACAUUGUGAUGUAGAUGAUGAUGGGUGCUACAUCUAUUAUGUAACAGAACAACCAAUAUCCUCCCUUGUCUUUAAUUCAAUUUUAAAGGUUGUGGAGGUGACUUUUCAUAAUCAACAAAACUCUCGUUCUAUACAAUCUCUCAAUCCGCAGGAAAAGCGUUUGGUAGAAGAAGUUAAGCAACAUGCUUACAAAAAUUUGAAUGAUCUAAAACCAUUGCCAAUUGAUACAACAAUUCAUGGUUUGGUGGAGACAUCAUCAAGUGUACAAACUGCACAAUAUGGUGGUCAAGAUCAAGCCCGGCAACCGUUUGACUUUCCAAUUGCUCAGCAAGGCCUGUUGAGUGCUUAUUCUACAAGCUUUGACCUGCCAUUUCCGUGCCAACCAGAAAUGUGGCCGACUACCUCAAUCUCACAAAGUGGCCUUGUUGGUUCUGAAUUUUGUGAUCAAAUGGCAGCCUUGGGAGAAAUGUCGUCGCCAUACUUUUCUGGAGAAGAGGUAUCACGGGUUGGUCUAUUUGGAAGUUACACGUUGGAACAAGUAAAUGCAAAUCCUCUGUCCUUUGUUUAUGAUGAUGGAGCAGGAUCGAGCAAUCAUUAUUCUUCCACCAAUUUUGUUGUGCAAACAUCAAGCAAAUUGAAACUGAAAAAAUAUUGGCAAAAGAUUCGAUCUACUCUCAAAUGGUUCAUGUUGUAUGUAGCUAGAAAGAGGGCAAAACUGUUUUAUGAUCUGUAUUAACUUUCAUUUCCCUUGGUUCAUUCUUUUUGCUUACUCAAAAAAUACUGGUUUAAUUCUUCUCGAUACUAAGUGCAAUGAGAAGAUCCUGUAAGCAAAAAGUAUGAAGCUGUUAUAAACUGUCUGUUAACAAUAUAUACUCCUCUAGAUUGAAAUAUAAAAGACUAUAAGUAGAAGACCCUAUAGACUAAGAAGUAAGAACUAGCAUAUAUAUUGUGUCAAUGUGUAUAAUACCCAGUUAGCUAGCAGUUGGAUGGCCUGGGGCUGCUUUGUCAUUUGCUUGUAAAAAUUGCAUUAUGAUUGAUUAUACAUACAUUCAGCCGUGUAAAAACAAAAUUUAAUGAUUA